AUGAAGCCAACUGCAACCAAACUACCGCAGGUUCACAGAACUCCGUUUUCUGUGGAAGAUAUUCUGGACCCCACAAAGUUUAGCAGGAAAAUAAUCCAUGCUGAGGACGCAGCAGCUGCAGGGGUUCAAAAGUCCAGAGAUGAAGUCAGAGAGCUGCAGCAACAGCAGUGUCCCCUGUCAGGUGAGAGCGCGGAGGAGAAGGCUCCGUGCGCGGUGAAGGAGAAGAGCCGUCGGAUCCGCACCGCCUUCACCUUGCAGCAGCUCCAGGUGAUGGAGCACAGCUUCCAGAGGUGUCACUACCUGUCGGUGCUGGAGCGGCACACCAUCGCUGCGGUGCUGGGUCUGUCCGAGACGCAGGUGAAGAUCUGGUUCCAGAACAGACGCACCAAAAGGAAGAAGGAGCGUCUGCAGGGGAAGGAGUCGGAGGAGUUUACAGCCACACCGUCCCUCUCCGCUCCUCCUGCGGUCUGCUCCCCUCUCUCCUACAGCCCUCUUUACUGCCAGCAUCCCAACCCGCUCCAGAUGUUUGCGCCACUGCCGCUGGUGCCAUAUCGUCAUUAUUACACAUAA